AUGUCUCGCCUCGCCGCUAUCGCGCACCAGGUCCCAAGCCGCGGCUUGCAGUCGCAAAGCGAUGAUGGGCGAUUCCGAUGCGCGACGAUCCGCCGUUAUUUUUCCGACAGACGGAUACUUCCCCCUGUAAGCACAACAUCUCCAAAGUUCUCUGUCACCCAUGAAAGUGCAUGAAGUCACAUCAAAAAAAAAAAACGUUCGCUUGCAAUUACACUAACAACUGCUCCGCCUGAAAAAAACCCUCACCCACCAAUUUCGCUCCCCCCUUUUAGUGCGAGUUAUAAACUUGAGAAAGAAACUGACACCAGCAAUCAUAAUUGGCCUUCAACAAUUACUGGGCGGAAAAAACAAACUAAACGCUUGGCCAACGCAAAAACUUUCCCAUUAACCUAUUUUUAGCGGGAAUGGGAGCUGAGGAAACCACCCGAAACUAUUUUUAUGUCAUAAUAUUCUACACCCCCAUUGUUACGGAGGGAUGUUGCAACGAAAAUAAUUUAUCAGUUAUGUGGAGCGGAGGGUCACGUGAACUCGAGGCACGACAGGGGGGGGGGGCCGGGGAGUUGCCAGUGAGCCACGGUGAGUCAGAAACGAUAAACUUCAGAGACGAAUGCUCAGGGAUCGCGGGUUGAUGGCUGGAAAAUAAUGUAAAUGACAUUUAAAUCGGGAUGUCCUUAUCACAAAGCGGAACGUCGGCCGUCUAUUGUGUAAGAAAGGUCGGAGGACGGGGAAGGGCAGGAAUAAGUUAUGAAGGAAAUGCAUGAAAUUUGGAAUUUUGGGGAUCUUUAGUCUGUUCUUGUAGUCUGGCCAACUUUUUCAUCUUCUGACUGUGAGAUUGAAAAUUAAAAAGUUGAUAGAAAGCUACUGCCCGAGGCAAAAACUCCAGGUAAUUUUUCACAGGUUUUUGUGUUUUGGCGCGUCGCCGAGAAAAUCGCGAAAGAAGUGUUUGAACAGUGUAUUUGAGCUAAAAACACUUUUAGCACCGUGCAUGUUUGUUUAUUUUUUGCCUUAUCAGUCUGUCGGGAAAAUAGCGGCCCACGUCAAUCCAGCGCAUUUCCUGAACCGUUUCGAAACUUCGUACCGUUUUCAUUGAUUUAAAAGAGAGACGAAAUGUCGCGAAAUUAUCGGCACUUUUUCUCGCCCGAAAAAAUUGCUUUUUCUCGAAAAGAAAGAAAAAAGAUAAGAAAAUGAUUUUUUUAUCGGAUAGUGGCAUUUCGUUUUGAACGAAUCACCAAAAAGAGGCGGGAAAUUUUUUGUUAUACUAUUUUGGAUUGACGUGCCGCCGGUAGUAGCUGUUCAUCGUAAUGGAUUUCAAGUUCAUACUGUCAAUGUUAGAUCAAUCCAAAACGAGGGAAAAUUGGAGCAAUUCAAGAAAUCGUUGGAAACGAAAGUGAUCAGCAUGAAUUCGACAUCCCCCUGUGCACUACCGUUUGGGCCCUUCAGGAUGAGAUGGAUCGACAAGAACUUGGGCCUCAGAUGGAGCGAUCUUACCCUGACCGGACAAUGGAAACCAUUAUGAUUCACUCCAUGAUUUUUUUGCAUGUGAUUAGUGAAAUUGAAACGUCUGAAAAGUGCCGCCGGUCGCCGCGCCUUGGAAUCUCCGAGGCUAAGGUAGUGCAACCCCCAGUUCAGUUCAGCCCCCCCAUCACCCAGUACAAACCCCCUCGUCCUUUCUGA